AUGUUUUAUUUGCCCAUCGAUCCACUAUUGAAGAAGAUUAUGAGUAGCAAGAAGAAGAAAAGAAACCAACCGGUGGUUCAACUAAGACAAUGGCGCCCAACUGCAAUGAAUAGAGUUGAGGAUACCAAGAUUUCUAAAUUAGAGAAAUUAGUUACUAGAAUAAGCUUCACAGAACUCGUGAAUGCUACUGACAAUUUUAGAGAAGACAACAUCAUCGGGUUGGGAAAGACCGGGACAAUGUACAAGGCAGUUUUCCCAAAUAGUUCAUUCCUUGCCAUCAAGAGGUUCUUCGACCCACAAUUCUCUGAAGGACACUUUAUGUCCGAGGUAAUGACUCUAGGUAGAUUGGGACACAUUAAUUUAGUACCUCUGUUUGGUUUCUGUUAUGAAGGAAAGGAAAAACUGUUGGUUUACAAAUAUAUGCCAAAUGGUAACCUCUAUGAUUGGCUACACCCUCCGGAAUGCGAGCUCAAGACCAUGAAAUGGCCUAUGAGGGUUAAAAUUGCUGUUGGGUUAGCAAGAGGAUUGGCAUGGCUUCACCACCACGACAGAAAAUUCCGGGUAUUCAAUCAGAACAUAAGCUCAAAUUGUGUACUACUAGAUAAGAAUUUUGAGCCCAAGAUCUCUAAUUUUGGGGAGGCAAAGUUCAUGAACUCGAACGAUGUUGCUUUGGGUGGGAGUACUUUCACGAAUGAGGAAUUGUUGGAGUUGGGUUUCGAUUUGUUGGAGCUGGGUUUUGAUAAGAAGGAUGUAUAUAGCUUUGGAAUUGUGCUUCUUGAGCUACUUACAAGGAAGGAACAUCGUAUGGCAACCAUUGCUGAAGCUUCUGCAAAUUCUGAUAACAAUUUGGUUGAAUGGAUCAUCAAUCUUGUAAGUACCUCUUUUAGUCUGCAAGAUGUAGUUGAUGACUCUCUGAUCGGGUUGGGAUUCGAUGGUGAGAUCUUUGAGUUCAUCAAUAUUGCAUGCAAAUGUGUUCAGCCAGUGCCAGAGCGGAGGCCAACAAUGCUGGAAGUGUAUCAAACAAUGAGGGCCACUGGGGAGAAACAUGGCAUUGUGGACAAUUCUGAGAUGUGGAAAGAAACAGAAAUUGCUACUGCCAGUGCUAGUGAGGGAGAUAUUGAAAUAAUAGGGUAA